AUGGCGCCUUCUAAACAGUCUCACUCUCAAGCUUGGCCUGACUCCAAUGGCUACUUUGGCCAAUUUGGAGGCAACUACUAUCCACCCGAAGCUCACCAAGCACUACAAGAACUAGCCGAUAAAUAUGAAGAGCUUCGACACCGCCCAGACUUUAUUCAACAGCUCGAAAAAGUCCGUACUGGCCUUCAAGGGCGCCCGACCCCGAUACACUACCUCGAAAACAUUUCACAACAAGUCGGGGGUGCCCAGAUUUACGUCAAGCGAGAAGACCUCAAUCAUACAGGCGCCCACAAGAUCAACCACUGUGUCGGUUUCGCCCUCCUCGCCAAAGCCAUGGGUAAGACGAAGUUGAUUGCUGAGACUGGAGCUGGACAGCAUGGCGUCGCUCUUGCAACUGCCGCUGCGUACUUUGGCCUUGGAUGCGAGAUCCAUAUGGGUGCUGUUGAUAUAGAGAAACAGAAAUCCAACGUUGGUCGCAUGCAGAUACUCGGCGCCAAGGUCGUGUCCGCAACAGCAGGACAGUCUGCCCUUAAAGAUGCCAGCGACUCGGCUUUCAACGCCUAUAUAGAGCAAAGAGAGCAUGCACUGUAUGCCAUUGGAUCAGCCAUUGGUCCCCACCCUUUUCCAUUGAUUGUGCGAGACUUUCAAUCUGUUAUCGGUCAAGAAGCAAGAGAGCAGUUCCUUACUUUAAACAACGGAACAUUACCUGAACAUGUUGUUGCUUGCGUUGCAGGUGGCUCUAACGCAAUGGGGAUGUACUCAGCUUUCAUUGAAGACAAGAAUGUGAAGUUGCACGCCGUUGAACCACUCGGUAAAUCUGACAAGCUAGGUCAGCAUGCAGCUACGUUAUCAUAUGGCAAACCAGGAACUUUGCAUGGCGCAAAGACUCUUGUUAUACAGAAGGAAGAGGGACUUCCUGCUUCGGUGUCUUCUGUGGCUUCCGGGCUGGUCUAUCCUGGAAUUGGACCAGAGAUGGCAAUGCUCCAUGAAGCUGGACGAAUAUCUGUGGCGGCGAUACAUGACGAAGAGGUCAUCAGCACUUUCUUCAGAAUGGCCAAGAGUGAGGGUAUCAUUAUUGCUCUCGAGAGUGCACAUGCUAUGGCUUAUGCUAUAAGUUUGGCGGCAGAGCGUCCCAGCUCUGAACGGAUCCUUGUUAAUUUGUCUGGUCGUGGAGAUAAAGAUGUCGAUUAUGUACUUCAGCAUCAUGGUACCAGAUGA